AUGAAUAGUAAUCUUUUAGCUUAUAGUAGUCAAACAAUAGUAUCAUCUUUACCAUCAAUACCAUCAUCAUCAUCUAUUCCUCUAAACAACAAUAAACAACAAAAAGAAAAAGAAAAAGAAAAGAAAAAGAAAAAGAAGAAUGUACUAUUAUCAGACUUGAUCUAUUUGAUCAUAUUUAUACCUAUUUGUUAUCUAUGUUAUUACCUACCAUCAUUUUAUAUUGAAUCAUUUGAUUAUCUAUUUGAUACAAGUAAAUAUGUACUUUGGAUUUCAUCGAUCAUUAUUGGAUACACCUAUGUCAAUCUUGUUACAGAAUCUAGAGAUUAUCCUUUUUAUUGUAGAAAUAAAACUCAUAGAGACUUUAUACAAUUAUUAAUUAUAUUGACAUUGAUGUAUUUUAUUGCUCCAAGUAAAGCAUUAAUGGGAAAUAGUAAUGGUGAUAGUACUACUACUACUACCACUACUACUACUGCCAAUCAAACAUUUAUAUACAACUAUGUAACCUAUUUUAUUCCAUACUUUAUUGCAAUACAUUUCACAUACUUGGAUCAUAAUCUAUUGGUCCUAAGAAAAGCUGGUCAUAAAUUGGGUACACCAUCACUUUGGAAAACAUAUAAUUUCCAAGAGAUUAUUGCCAUUGUUCCAAUGAUUCUAUUGGUCCUUUCUCUCCUAACUUGGCAUCUUUAUUUAAUUGCUAUAAAUGGAUUAUGGAAAUAUUAUUUAAUAGUAUAUGGAACUGUACUGUCAAUUGUUUUAACUAUCAAUUAUAUACUUGCCAAGACACAUUAUCUUCACAUACACCAUUAUAUUAUAUUUGGAUCACUUAUUCCAUUCACUGCAUUCAAUAAUGCACUAUCAUCUUUUUGUCUUGGUGUUGCUACUGGAAUCACUGUAGAAGGUGUUUCUAGAUGGUCAAUGGCAAAACUAUGGUAUCCUGGUAUUAGAACUUUUAAAUAA